AUGGAUAAUCAACAAGUUUUGACCCCGGGUAUCGCUCCCCGCAUAUUUUACGAAAAAGCAGCAAAUAUUCCACAUAUUGUUGCUGUGCUACUACCGGACGAUCCAUGUGUAUCAGACGUUGGCAAAUCAUCAGAUGAGGAGGAGCUGUUUGGCGGAGACUAUAGCGAUUUGGACCUCGAUUAUCAGCAGCCGCCCACAUCUAAGAAGCGCAAAUGCUUACCAGUAGUUGAUACUUCAAGCGACUGGGAAUCAGAAGAUGAUUUACCUUUAGCGAAUUUUGUGCAAACAUCGAGAGAUAACGCUAUACCAGGUGGUGAUAAACGUUACACUUGGAGCAAAACAGAUUUCCAACACAUCAGAUAUCCAAAAGAUGUCUUUUUUGCUGGAGUAGACGGAGAAUAUUCCCCUCUGGCUUAUUUCGAAAAAUUUUUUGACGGUGAUUUGUUUGAGCAUAUUGCACGCCAAACGAAUAUUUACUCCACACUGACAACUGGGCGUUCUAUUGAUACUACAGCUAAUGAAAUAAGAUCGUUUGUAGGAAUUGAGUUGAUAAUGGGGGUAGUCCAAAUGCCAGCAAUCGAAGACUACUGGGCCAUAGAAACGAGAUAUAGUAUUAUUGCCGAUGUUAUGCCUGUAAAGCGCUUCAAGAAAUUGCGAAGACGCAUACACCUUCAGGAUAACAAUACUGAUCCGCAAGGAGAUAGAUUAUUCAAAAUUCGCCCCUUAUAG